AUGCAAUCGAUUUUAAAACUUUGUCCACGAAGUUGCAUUCCGUUGAUCGCUCGUCUUAAACACACAUUACCUGAUUUACCAUAUGAUUAUAAUGCAUUGGAACCUGUAAUCAGUGGUGAGAUAAUGAAAUUACAUCAUCAGAAACAUCAUGCAACAUAUGUUAAUAAUUUGAAUGCUGCCGAAGAAAAAUAUAAAGAUGCACAAGCUAAAAAUGAUCUCAGUACACUGAUUCAUCUUCAACCAUCACUGAGAUUCAAUGGCGGUGGUCACAUUAAUCAUGCUAUAUUUUGGCAAAUAUUAUGUCCAAAGCAAGGUGGUAAUCAACCAUCUGGCGAAUUAUCAGAAGCAAUUACACGUGAUUUUGGAUCAUUAGAUAAAAUGAUACAACAAUUAUCAAAUGCUUCAGUAGGAAUUCAAGGAUCAGGUUGGGGUUGGCUUGGUUUGAAUAAACAGGAAAAUAAAUUACAAAUAGCAACAUGUGCCAAUCAAGACCCAUUACAAGCAACAACUGGUUUAAUUCCUCUCUUCGGCAUCGAUGUUUGGGAACAUGCUUAUUAUUUACAGUAUAAAAAUGUGCGAGCUGAUUAUGUUAAAAACAUAUUUAAUAUUGCCAACUGGAAAAGAGUAGAAGAAAAUUAUCAGAAAGCAAAACAAAACUAA